AUGUCAUAUAUCGACGCGGCCAUAGCACCUAACAAACAUGUUCAAGUACCUGUUGUCUUAUUCUCGAACUUGUCGACAUCUUCGAAUCGCGUCUGGCGCGAAAUGUCAUUCCCCAAAAAAAAACCGCUCAUCCACGAAAUGCAUCUCACCAGUUCCGCCAUCUGUACUGACAUCUGCACCAAAGGCUUCCCAGUAGGGGAUCAGACGUACUUCCCCUCUAUGGGUAUUGCCCCAGGCACAACAAUCUUGCGUAUAUCUCUCACUCAGCUUCCCUUCCUUCCUCGCCCUCUGCUCGAAGAGACUAUCAAAACAGCCUUGGCCGCGUAUGGCACUGUCCGCGAAGUCGGUUUGCACCUCAGAUCUGGUUUCUUCGAUGGAUCCGGUUUUGCUUACCUUGAACGACCUCUCCGCCCCGACCUCACCCUUGCAAAACUCUCAUACAAGAUCCCGUACAAUGGUGGCUUGUGCUUUUUAGGUACCUGGAAACAGAUGGGGCACCACUGUAACUAUUGUAAGGAUAUGGGACAUGAUAUUGAAAACUACCCAGAACACCCCAAAGACUCCCGACGAUGCUUCACUUGCGACCAGACUGAUCACUUGCAACCUGUCCACCCUAAAGCACCACCAGUGGAUGUCAGCUCCUUCAAGAAAACCCGCAAGGUAACGGCGAAACUGGAAUCCCGCGCUCAACCACCCAAGACUACCCCCGUUGAGGCUCUCAAGGAACCGACCGAGAAGUUGACCGCCUCACAAGAUGUAGCGACGAUGGCACCAAAGACUUCCAGCAUGGACUAG